AGCAAACUUCACGUCAGUUGCUGUUUUAGAACCGUCAACCGAAAAAACACGUGUCGAUCAAGGAAAAACAAUUUUUACAAUGUUGUUUUAAAAAUUGUGUCUUAUUUGGAAUUAAUUUGUGAGUGUCGAUUUUGUUUCCUGUGAGUGAAAACAUCACCUCAAAAUGAGUACGAUUUUGGAAAAAAUCGCUGCAAUCGAGGCCGAGAUGGCCCGAACGCAAAAAAAUAAAGCCACCUCAGGCCAUUUAGGUUUAUUGAAAGCAAAAUUGGCAAAAUUAAGAAGAGAGCUUAUUACUCCAAAAGGUGGUGGUGGGGGUGGCGAGGCAGGUUUCGAAGUCGCCAAAACUGGCGAUGCUCGAAUUGGUUUUGUAGGUUUUCCCUCUGUUGGAAAAUCAACACUUUUAAGUACAUUGGCCGGAGUUUAUUCAGAAGUUGCGGCCUAUGAAUUUACAACACUCACGACUGUUCCUGGAUGCAUUAAAUAUAAAGGAGCAAAAAUUCAGUUACUCGAUCUUCCUGGUAUCAUUGAAGGUGCUAAAGAUGGAAAAGGAAGAGGAAGACAAGUCAUUGCUGUGGCAAGAACUUGCAGUUUAAUUUUUAUUGUUCUUGACGUUCUUAAGCCAUUGGGCCAUAAACGUCUCAUUGAACAUGAACUUGAAGGCUUUGGCCUUCGAUUAAAUAAACAACCACCCAAUAUUACUUUUAGAAAAAAAGAUAAAGGUGGAAUUAAUUUACAAACAAUGUGUCAACAAUCUGAAUUAGAUCAAGACACAGUGAAAUCAAUUCUUUCUGAAUAUAAAAUCCACAAUGCAGACAUUACUUUGAGAUACGAUGCAACUUCUGACGAUUUAAUCGAUAUUAUUGAAGGAAAUCGAGUUUAUGUCCCUUGCAUUUAUUUACUCAAUAAAAUAGAUCAAAUUAGCAUUGAGGAGUUAGAUGUUAUUUACAAAAUACCGCAUUGUGUUCCAAUUUCCGCUCAUCACAAAUGGAAUUUUGAUGAUCUAUUGGAAAAAAUGUGGGAUUAUUUGCAACUUGUUAGAAUUUACACAAAACCUAAAGGACAACUUCCAGAUUACAGUUCACCAGUUGUUUUGAAUACCGACAGAAGAACAGUUGAAGAUUUUUGCAAUAAACUUCAUCGAUCAAUUGCAAAGGAAUUUAAAUAUGCUCUCGUUUGGGGUUCAUCAGUAAAACAUCAGCCGCAAAAAGUCGGAAAAGAUCACGUCUUGUGUGACGAAGACGUUGUACAAAUUGUCAAAAAAGUGUGAUUUUAUCUUGCUCAUUUUUCUGUUAAGUUUUAUUCACUUAACAGAAAAAAAAUGAAAUGUCGCCUCAUUAUGAAUGCAAAUAAUAAUAAUAAUAAUAAUAAUAAUAAUAAGUUAAA